UUAACAAGCACACGAACACAAUCCCAAAGCUGACCACAAAGCAGCUUCUCACUUUCGCAAUCACACAAAACCUUUCUUUCUAUCCUCUAUCCAGAAGAUAUAAAUGGCGAAGAAAGGAGGAGGAGCAACAACACUCGCGGAGGACGCACCGUGGCGUGUCUCCUCAGUGAAACCAGUACCUCGAAUCAGCCGCUCACCGGUUCUCUCCAUCUCUCAAAGUCCAGAGACCGAUUACGCCAUUGCCGUCAUGAAGCAUCCGAAUCCAGUGGGAGGUGGUUUGGCGAUGGAAGCAGUGCUCGAAUCUGCAGGACCUGAAUGCGUUGUUCCUGGUCAAGUCACGCCUCUUCGUCUUCUUGGUGUUAAGGUGUGGCCUGUUGAAGUUGAUCUUAAGUUCUUGGAACCUGUUGGAAAAGAGCUUAAGAUGCUUGGGAAGUUUAUGGAUAAUGCUGUUGACCUGAUGAACAAGUCCUUCAUCGACCGUUAAGCACAAGUCGUGAAGGUUCUACGGCUAGACUUUUUGGAAUUUGCGCAACUUAUAUUACAGGGAGAGAAAUACAUAUAUGAUCUGAGUAAAGUUGAUUAUGGUGUGCCAAAUGUAUAGAGGAUUAUCUCCUUGUUUUACAGACAAAUUCUAUAUGCUACGAAUUAAUGUUUUUAAGGAUAUGCUUAAAGCUUCUUCCAAUGUUCAAUAAUGAAUCAUCUUUCACAUGAA